CUUUAAUGUAACAACAAGUAUUCUUUUAUCAUUAAUUACGUUUCUGAACAACCCUUUUUUAUGUUGAAUGAAAUAACGGAAAUAUUAAAUUGUAUUCAUUUGGCGUUUGAUUCAACAAACAAGAAGUUUUGCAGAAAAGGCCCAAAAAUCUCCUGGAAUUGACCAAUAAUCGCAAAGUAUUCAGGGUCACACGUAAUGACGUGGACAAAGAACAAAGGGAGCAUUGUGCAAAAAGAUGCAAUAUCCAAGAUGCGAUUUUAACGCACGUAUUACCUAUCAAUAUUUUAAUAGUUACCGUGGAGUGAAUGUGUCGUCGUCUACUAUUUUACCGGAUUUUUCAUUUUGUUUGUGUGAGGAUAAAAAAUGACUGACAUGAACACGAAGCAAAUGUUAGAGGACUGGGGAUUGUCAGAUUACAUUGAAAUAUUUGAAAAACAUGAAAUUGAUGUAGAUGCAAUGCUUGAAUUAAAUGAGGAAAUUGUUAAGGAACUAAUUCCUAAAAUUGGUCCUAGACUUAAAUUUUUGAAAAAUCUAAGAUUAUAUAAGGAUAUUAAAGACAUACCAGUGAUUACCGAAGAAGAUAUCAGUGAAACAUUAUCAUCUUCAAUCGCUUCAUCUGCCACUGAAGAACAUGAAGCAGAUUUAGAUAUUGUAACCGUAAAAUGUAACACAGAAAAUGUUGAAGCAAUUCAUUUGGGAUCAAAAGAGAAUGAUAAUCUUGGUAAAAUUUCAGAAGCAUUUCUUGCUUCCUCUUCUCCAGUUGGAUUCACUGCUUUUUAUGGGGAUAAUGAGCUCAGCACAUGCUUAAGAAAAUCCUUCAAUUUAAAUCUUUACAAAUUUUUAAACGGUACAAAUUCUGGAAAAUAUGUGCUUUCAACAUACAAAAGAGAAAACAAAUUAACAUCUAAAGCAAGAAAUAUGUUAGUCGAUAUUCUCAUUAAUGGACUUAUGACUGAAUGCAAUGGGAGGUUAUUGCCAAUUGAUUUUCAAAAUUUAGCGAAUAAGAUAAGUAGUCUUUUUCCAACUGAAGACCCACAAGUAUAUUACAUACCUCGUGUAAGAAAACAAGAAUCAAUGAAAUUAAAACCUAUUAAUGCUAAAGGAAAAUUGGUAGAUAAAUAUCGAAAUUUGAAUAGACUGUUUAAAGCGGAAAAAGUGGCAGAGGAGACGGAGGUUCACAAACAGAAGAGCAGUUCAACAAUUACAGGAGAAAUGGAAGAAAGUGCCAAGUGGCUUAAACAUUUUAUGGAACCAUGGGAUGCUGUUAUUAAACACUGGAAUACUAGCUUUGCAUUACGAAGAAAUACCUCAGUUACCACAGUAACGAAAUUUUUGGAAGAAUGGCCUAUUUUAAAGCACCAGAAAGCAAUUUCUUUGAUUCAAAUCGACUUUGAGUGUAUGUUUCCUGAUAGUAACAUGAAUUUAUAUGUUAAAUGGGAAUCAUUUUUCGAGAAAUUGUUAUCCAUUAAGCCAGUCCAUGACACCACCACAGAUGAACUAUUGAGUAUUUUAAGUAUUAAUGAUCUCAACGAAGAUAGCAGAAUUGCGAUUCAGAUAAUGCUUCUGUCUAAUUUAAUUCCACCGAAAGGAAGAAUCAGAAAUAACAGUUUACACUGGAAACCAACUGUUGUGGAAUGUCAAAAGAGUAUUAUUUGCCACGUAAAGGUAAAUUAUUUGGAAUUACAUUUUAAUGCCAGAUUUUGAUAUUGUUAAUAAUUAAUUUGGUAUUGCAACA